GCGCCGCUGCGUGACUGCCAGGCAUGGAAGGAUACCGGGCUCCCGCUCUCCACCACAAGCAAUGAGGCCUGUAAGCUGUUUGAUGCCACCCUGACUCAGCUGCAUUCAUUCGUGCCCCAAGGAAAUGGAACUUCACAAGUGUGCACUGCUGCUCCAGCUCCCAUCUAACACAGCUUGCUUAAACGUACAGACAAACUGCCCAUCAUCUGAUGUGCCCUCCAAGUAAAGCUGUACGUCAAAUGGACCAACGACCAGAGUCUCGGUGGCAUUGAGGGCUGCCUGUCAAAGCUCAAAGCAGCCGAUCCGACCUUUGCCAUGGGCCACGCCAUCGCCAACGGCCUCGUGCUGAUUGGCACCGGGAACUCUGUGAGGCUGGACAGAGAGCUGGACCUGGCCGUGGCGAAGAUGGUGGAAAUCUCCAAAACUCAGCCGCUGACCCAGCGGGAGCAGCUGCACGUGGCUGCGGUAGAGACCUUUGCCAAGGGGAACUUCCCCAAAGCCUGUGACCUAUGGGAACAGAUUCUCCAGGACCACCCCACAGACAUGUUGGCCCUGAAGUUCUCCCAUGAUGCUUAUUUCUACCUGGGCUACCAGGAACAGAUGCGAGAUUCUGUGGCUCGAGUCUAUCCCUUCUGGACACCUGACAUCCCCCUGAGCAGCUAUGUGAAAGGCAUAUAUUCUUUUGGACUGAUGGAAACCAACUUCUAUGAUAGGGCGGAAAAGCUGGCCAAGGAGGCUCUAUCUAUUGACCCAACGGACGCGUGGUCAGUACACACCAUCGCCCACAUUCACGAGAUGAAAGCGGAGGUCCAGGAUGGGCUGGAGUUCAUGCAGCGCUCAGAAACCCACUGGAAGGAGUCCGACAUGCUCGCUUGUCAUAAUUAUUGGCACUGGGCUUUAUAUCUGAUUGAAAAGGGCGAACCCGAGGCGGCGCUGACGAUGUACGAUGAUCACAUCCUUCCCAGCCUGCGGGCCAGCGGGGCGAUGCUGGAUGUGGUGGACAGCUGCUCCAUGCUGUACCGGCUGCAGAUGGAAGGGGUGUCUGUGGGUGAGCGGUGGCAGGACGUCCUGGCCGUGACCCGGAAGCACAGCCGAGACCACAUCCUGCUCUUCAAUGACGCCCACUUCUUGAUGGCGUCGCUGGGCGCCCGUGACCCCCAGACCACGCAGGAGCUGCUCACCACCCUGCAGGACGCCAGCGAGUCCCCGGGGGAGAACUGUCAGCACCUGCUGGCCCGCGACGUGGGACUGCCCUUGUGCCAGGCCCUGGUGGAGGCGCAGAAUGGGAACCCCGACCGCGUGGUUGAGCUGCUCCUGCCCAUCCGCUACCGGCUCGUCCAGAUUGGAGGCAGCAAUGCCCAGAGCCUUAUGCGCCCACCUGACCUUUCAGAGAGAUGUCUUCAACCAAUUACUGAUUCACGCGGCCUUGAACUGCUCGUCUGGCGUCCACAAGAACGUGGCCCGGAGCCUUCUGAUGGAGCGAGACGCCUUGAAGCCCAACUCACCCCUGACGGCGAGGCUCAUCCGGAAGGCGGCCGCCGUCCACCUCCUGCAGUGAGCCUGCCCCACGCAGCCUCGCCAGGGCUGCCCCCCGACCUCUCAGGCUUACAAGUAGCCAGAGCUCGUUAGGCAACUUUGACCAGAAAGCCCUGUAACCAAUGGCAUUAAUGGAAGAGGGGACGCAAAUCGUUUUCAGCGUGAUUCAGAAUCUUCUUCUAAUCCGUGUUAAGGGCCACAGGGCUGUGGGAGGAGGCCCGUCCCCGGCCCGGGCUGCCCCUGGGAUAAACCCCUUCCUUCUGUCUUCCUGUCAUAUGCUGGAGAGGCUCUGUUGCCCCAUCUUUUGGGUGAGGGGACCGGUGGGGGGAAGUGACUUGCCCAGGGUCACAGCUAGUGGAGGCCCUGCUGACAUUCACCUCAGACCCCUGCCCUGUGCUUCCUGGGGGAGGGGAGGGCGCCCCCCUCACUGCCUGGGGCCUGGGCCCUCCUGCUGUUUCUGCAGAGAUGUCUUCAGGCUUCUCGGAGGCGGUGUGGGGGUGGUUGGUGGUACGGAUUCGGGCUUGUUUUCUCUUUAUUCUAAACUGCACACUGUAAAGGGACCUUGGGUACCUGGCUUCCUUUGUCAUCCACGAUUGUAAGCACAUGAGGGCACACGCAUGGAGCUGGUGUGUUUUCUGGGUGUGAGGAAUGAGCCGAGAGGUUGCCCUGUGGUGGCAAAAAGCCAAGCAUUGUGGUGGGGUUUUAACAGGAUCUGCCUCAGUCUCUUUCCCCAUAGGUCACCUGACCUGGCACAGCCAUGCCACGGGUGUUUCUUGGAUUCUUUCAAAGCAAACUGAAGUUAGGUGGGUCUCCUGGAGGCGCUGAUGCCUCCAAAUGGACUAGACAAAUUCCUGAAAUUAAAAUAAAUUGGUUGAUUGGUUC